AUUAGUCGCCACGGUGUGGGCGGUGUUUAGUCGCCACGGUGUGGGCGGUGUUUAGUCGCCACGGUGUGGGCGGUGUUUAGUCGCCACGGUGUGGGCGGUGUUUAGUCGCCACGGUGUGGGCGGUGUUUAGUCGCCACGGUGUGGGCGGUGUUUAGUCGCCACGGUGUGAUUAGUUUAAUGAAAUGAUUAGUGAUUAAUUGUCAUGGUGUGGCGUGACCAGUGGAGUGAUGAGUACUCUAACCUGGGCCUCACGUAUCUCCCGUGCCUCUGUUUUAGAGCCUGGUUUCAGCGUCAUGGCUCCGGUGACUGAGGCCGACUGCUAUUUCCGAGUUGCAUGUGAUGCACAACUGUAACGCUGCACUCGCUGAACGCUUGCUUUACUGGAAAACUAAAUUUGUAACACAUGGAAAAGGUUUUCUCUCUCGCAGGAAGGUGACUGAACAGUCAAGUUGGACACCAUACUCAUCAGCUGAGUCAUUAGUCUUUUGAAACAGUGUGAGGGAUAAGGGCUGGUGCAGAAAUAUUGGCACCCUUUAUAAAGCAAGAGCCGUCAGCAAGUCCUGCGAAGGAUAACUACAGGAUGAACCGCUACAAGAACAAAGCGCUCAAUCUGGAGGAGAUGCGCCGGAGACGAGAAGAGGAAGGCAUUCAGCUGAGGAAACAGAAAAGAGAACAGCAGCUGUUUAAGAGGAGAAACGUGGAGUUGCUGAACGAGGAAGGAGGAAUGUUUGACAGCCUUCACAUGGACGCUUACGUCAGCUCCAGCACAGCACCAGAAGGAGUCAUAACCAGAGACAUGGUGGAAAUGCUCUUCUCAGAUGAUCCUGAUCUGCUGUUGGUGACCACUCAGAAAUUCAGAAAACUACUCUCCAAAGAACCGAACCCACCCAUCGACGAGGUCAUCGGCACUCCGGGGGUCGUGAACAGAUUUGUGGAGUUCCUUGAAAAAAGCACUGAUUGCACAUUGCAGUUUGAAGCAGCGUGGGCGCUGACCAACAUCGCCUCGGGAACGUCUCAACAGACCAAGUUUGUGAUCGAGGCAGGUGCCGUGCCGGUGUUCAUCCAGCUGCUCAACUCCGAGUUCGAGGACGUCCAAGAGCAGGCCGUGUGGGCAUUAGGGAAUAUCGCAGGAGACAGCGCCAUGUGCAGAGACUUCGUCUUGAACUGCAAUAUCCUUCCCCCACUGUUAACGCUGCUGACCAAAUCAACUCGUCUCACAAUGACCAGGAAUGCUGUCUGGGCGCUUUCUAACCUCUGCAGAGGCAAAAGUCCACCACCUGACUUCGAAAAGGUGUCCCAGUGCCUGCCCGUACUGUCCCGCCUGCUGUUCAGCAGCGAUCCCGAUCUGCUGGCUGACGCCUGCUGGGCUCUGUCCUACCUCUCAGACGGACCCAACGAGAAGAUCCAGGCUGUGAUCGACUCGGGAGUCUGCAGGCGACUCGUCGAACUGCUCAUGCACUCCGAUUAUAAAGUGGCUUCUCCGGCUUUGAGAGCUGUCGGGAACAUAGUCACCGGAGAUGACAUUCAGACACAGGUGGUACUGAACUGCUCAGCUCUCCCGUGCCUCCUUCACCUGCUCAGCAGCGCAAAGGAAUCAAUCAGGAAGGAAGCCUGCUGGACCAUCUCCAACAUCACAGCAGGAAACCGAGCUCAGAUCCAGACCGUCAUCGACGCGAACAUCUUCCCCGUUCUCAUCGAAAUCCUCCAGAAAGCCGAGUUUCGCACCAGAAAAGAAGCCGCGUGGGCCAUCACGAACGCCACGUCCGGAGGCACGCCUGAACAAAUCCGGUAUCUGGUUAAUUUGGGCUGCAUUAAGCCCUUGUGCGAUCUGUUGACGGUGAUGGACUCCAAAAUUGUGCAGGUCGCUCUGAAUGGACUUGAGAACAUCCUGAGACUGGGAGAGCAGGAGGCCAAGCAAAACUGCAGUGGCCUCAACCCUUACUGCAGCCUCAUAGAGGAGGCCUAUGGCCUGGACAAGAUCGAGUUCCUGCAGAGCCAUGAGAACCAGGAGAUCUACCAGAAGGCCUUCGAUCUCAUCGAGCACUAUUUCGGCGUGGAAGAGGAAGACGCCAGUUUGGCCCCGCAGGUGGAUGAGAACCAGCAGCAGUACCUUUUUCCUCAGCAGGAGGCCCCCAUGGAGGGCUUCCAGCUCUAAUCAACAUCCUGACACUCGCUUCAGGCCCGUACAACGCAUCCAAGUCCUUCCCGUGCCCAUGUCCGUACUGCAGGCUGUAUCCCCUGUGCCCCAGGCACAACCACACAAGCUGAUUCAUCUGGAGCCAGACCGAGAGGGAGAACUUUAACACCCUUUUUUUUUUUUUUUUUUUUUGUUAGAUUGUUUUUGUGUGUUCCUCCUCCACUCAUACUACGACCGGUCUUUUUUUUUUUUUUUUUUUUCCGCGAGACUAAUCGCCUUCACAGGAAAAACAUCCUUCCCACACCUUUCCGAGGCUUCGCACUCUCUCCCCCCCCCAUAGCGCCGUGUUUUUUCUCUCUUUUAUUUCCUAUUCUCUGGUGUUUGGUCCCGCAGUGUUUAAAAACACCAUCCUGGCUGGUGGUCUUUAAAAGGCAGAAUAAGUAGUCGUCUUUUUUUGCGGUGUUGUAAAUACCUAGAUAUUUAUAGAUAAUUCUGGAAGCGUAGGGCGGGGGAUUCACAAGGCGUGCAUGUGGUUCCGCUUUCCCUUCAGAAUAGUUUGGGGUUGUUUUGGUUGUUUUUUUUGUUUAGCUAAGGUGAUAGAGACUGCGUUCAGAUCUUUCCUGAGGUCUUUGCAUUGGGUUUCUAUUAUUCUGUUCACCGUUUCAGAGGAUCCCUUGCCAGGAUUUUCCAUUCUUUUCGAUUUGAAAGCGAUGAGAAACAUUUGGCGAUCGCCUCCAUGCUCUAAUUUCUUGAUUUCUGUUUCUUUUAUACUCGCAAGUUAACAAAGAUUGCAAGGGGUGUUUUUUUUUUUUUUUUUUUUUUUUUUAAAGCUAACCUCUAGGUAAGAUAAAUAAAUAUAUAUAUAUACAAAUAUGACUCUAUAUAGUUGCACACACCUUUUGCACAUGAAAUGACACGAAGGAGAAAAACUGCUUCUGCGAUUUUCCAUUCAGGUUUUCAGAUUUCAGUGCUAAUGUUCAUUCUUCAUGUUAAAAGAAAAAAAGGGUUUUUUUGGCUCACUGCACAGAAACCCAUGAAGCAUGUACACGAAGAUUUGAAACGAACUCUCAAAGAAAAAAAAAAGAAAAUAUAUAUAUAUAAAAUCUCGGAAGCAUUUUUGUCCUCCGUGUACACUACACUGACGCGAAGGUUUUGAGAACGCCGAUGAACGAAUGAGGAGCGAGACCGAGACCGACGGACAUUCUGUGAAGCGGCAGAAAGAACUUUCCAGUAAUCUUCGUCACUUCCUGAUGAUAGCGGCGAAACUUUAUAAUAUAUCUAGGUAGAUAAGUAUGUGCUGUUCGUAUAAUGGACAUAUAACAAGUCCAGUUUUCGGUGUAACACAUGAUCAGCAUCGGACGGACGAGUCAGCAUCUGCAAGUGUUUUGGUGAAGCUGGAAGUUUUUUUUUUUUUUUUUGGGGGGGGAGUGUUUUAGCUAAAUAUCUUAAUCGUGCCUGAACCUCAGUUUCCUGAUCUGUGCCGUCAUUCACCUGAAUUUUUUUUUUUUCUUUCUUCCCAAAUUCGAUUUAAAUGAUCUGGAACACUCCGUUCAUUUUUACAGAUUUUUUCAUUUCUUUGUUUUUACGUCGAUUCCUGUUUCGUUGACUGACGCUGAGUGAAUCCUCUGGUGAAUGACGGAAUCCCAGAGAGGCGAAACUGAAGUAAAGUACGAUGAACUAGUUUCUAGGGGAGAAAAAAAAAAUGUAUUCAAGUUGACUCGUUGAUUUGGAUGAACGGACACGAAGGCGUCGUGGAAGUGCUGGUGCAAUCUGGUGGCAGCUCAUGUUCUUUGCGUUACAGUGGUUUAACUCUGAUUGUGUGCUUUGUGGCAUUUCUCUUGUGCAUGGAAACGUCAGCCGUUAUCCCCAUAACGUGGUGUUUCGGCAUUUCCAUUUAGGGUUUUGCGGUUCCUGCAUCAACCUCGCUAACAAUUUGAAGGCAAAAUCCACCCUGAGGGACUUCAAAUCAUAUUUGAUCUCGAUUGGCAUCCAGGGACACCGGUGCUUUUCGACUAUGACGGCAGUGGAGCUGAAUUGGGUGUAGAUUUGGGCGCUGAUCGAGGUGCUGAAAUGGGAUGUAGUGGGAUCUCUGAAGAGGCGGAUGCGGCGAUGCUUUAGUCCUUUUAAUCGCCACUUUUCUUUCAACUGUCAGCCUGUACGGCUUCAACUUUAAUACCCAUGGCCUCUUAGAUCCCAAUCUUUACGAGCUGUUACUCUUUUUGAUUUAUCAUUAAUUUUACAUUAAAGAUUGUUGAAUAAUAAUCAGUGAGCGUAGAAGCUGUUGUAGCCACUUAUGUAGAUCAUGAAAUCUUUUUUUCCACACAUUUGCUGUUUUUGGUUGUGAUUCUUUUCUCACACCAUGUUACGUAACAAACACAAAUCUCUCACACUCGUGUUUCAGGGUGGAUUUUUCCAUUCAUAGGGUUGUUACAUCAAAUCGAGGUUUCAUCAGCUUCGAUGAACAUCUCGAAAUUGGAGGGUACAGAUGUACGCUUCUCCCUCUGAAUUUUUACGUCCUUUUUUUUUUGUGGUGAGACAAAAAAAAUAAAUGCCAGAUGACGUUGCACUUAAAGGGAUCCUGCAGCUCUCUAUACACAUGUAAAUGAAGGGGUAAAUGGGAAAAGGUUUUAAGGAUAUACACACGACUUGCGGAGAGGGUGGGAGGAAAUUCACCGCUCGUGACCCAAAUCGAAUUUCUAUUAAAGAAAACCACAAAUGCACUCCUUAAUUCACAAAAGUGCCAAUCAGACCGAGGAAAACUGGUGGCUGAUGUAUAUCGAUUCAUCUGAAAAUUCUUCUUAUUAUUCCUCUCAUUUAUUUUUUUUUUCCUCAUUUCUUUAUGUACUUGAAUGUGCACAUGUUUGUGCAGAUGUUGCUGCUCUGUUCUUUUUCAUACCUUCGAGUAAUCACAUCAAGGGGUUACAUGAUCUCGAGUAGUUUGUGUAGACGUGACGGUCUGUUGUUUGUACACCAAAUUGGUAUUAAAAAAAGAAAGAAUUUAAGAUAAUUUAAGUAAAUUAUACUUUUUUGUGGGCUUAAUUGCAUAUAAAAAAAGGAUACUUUUCAUACUGCAAUCCAAAUAUCAUAGGAGAUUUUGUUUUCUUUAUUUUUCUUUUCAUUUUUUUGUCCUUUUUUUUUUUUUUUCGCCUGUUUGUAAUGAUGUCUCUUGCAAUUUAUCCAGUUAGAAAAUAUCUUGAAUUCGACAGCAGUCAAGUCUUCGGAACCGCAGACAAUUCGAUCCGAACAGGUUCACGUUUCAGGGAAGGAGCGCGGGCACCUGCAGCCAUCGCCCCCCCUCCACUACAGGUUAAUCAAUCCGGCGCUUCGGUUCAGGGUUGAAGCACGUCAAUCUUUUUGUUUCGAGAGAUUUUAUCAGAUCAGGGGUUCAGAAGUCGAACGCAGGUUUUUACGCCCGCUGAGGACGAGUCGUCCUGUCGGCACAAUUUCCCGACGCUCUCCCUGAUUAAAAACACUGACUUCCAAGAAGUGCAAACAAACAAACAAAAAAAAAACUGCAAAAGGCCACAUAUGUACAGUCGAGGCUUUCUGGUCUUCCGUCCUAGAUCUUGUAGAUGAUUUAUAUCUUUUCGAGACUUUUUGUCUCCUCCAAAUCUAAAGCCUGAUGCUUGGCUCUAUCGUUGAAAAGUUAAAAAAAAAAAAAAAAAAAGAUUAAAUAUUCAAACCUCUGUUUACAUGUUUUUUCCUAUUAAAUUGUCAAUCCAUUCAUGACCUGGUGGAGUUUGUGUGUCCUGUUCUUGUUAAUUUGAAAUUUUUUUCUAUUUAUACCAUCAGUUCUCCUUUUUUCCUACAUCUCAUACUGUGACUGACUUGACUUUACCGACCGUAUGAAUGAGCGACACGUGAAGAAAAAAAAAAAAAACAUGAACAUGUUCAUUAAUGCUGUACAAAUGUUUUAAAAAGAUUUAAAAGGUUUGUCCAGAAUGCAAAUAACAAGCAAAAAAUAAAUAAAGAGAGAAAAACAA